CUUAGCUCCAGAGAAAUAAAAAAGAAAAAUGGGUUCCACAACUUAUCCAGCGAUUCUCCUCAGCCUGUUCUUCAUCUCGGCCCACCUCGUGGUUCAAUCGGCGGCCCAAACGCCGCCGGUUUUUAAAUGCAGUACUGGUGCGAAGACCACGUGUCAAGGCCUAGUCGACUACGUGGUUCCCAACGCCACCACCCUCGUCGAUAUCCAAGCUCUCUUCGGUAUCAAAAAGUUAUACACUUUUCUCGGCGCCAACAACCACCCGAUCACGACUCCACGCAACACAACAGUGGCCGCGAAGGAGACGAUCAAGAUCCCGUUCCCCUGCUCCUGCUCUAACGGAACGGGCGCCUCGAGCGGAGCCCCGAAGUAUACAGUGAAGCCCGGAGACGGACUCGACCAUAUAGCGAGAGAAAUUUUCUCGAAUCUGGUGUCGUACCAGCGGAUCGCCGACGUUAACCGCAUCCCGAAUGUGAAUUUGAUUCAACCGGGGCAGACGUUUACGAUUCCGCUACCAUGUAGCUGUGACGAGUUGAACGGAACCCAGGUGGUCCACUACGGACACGUGGUGAAAACUGGAAACACCGUAGAGGGGAUUGCUCAGGAAUUCGGUACUACAGAGGAGACGAUACUGAAGCUGAAUGGGAUUGUUAACUCUACUGAGAUCCUGGCUGGUCAAGUCCUCGACGUUCCUCUUAAAGGUUUGGUUUUGUACACCAGAUAUGUUGUACACCAGAUACUAGUUUACUGA